AUGGGGGCGUUGUGCUCCCGUGUAGGUGCGAGAGAGCGAUCCUGAGAACUGAGCAGGCAAAGAGAAGAGGGGAAAAAAACUAUGGGGAGGAAGAAGACAGUCGAAUUCGAUGAAUCUCCGCCGGAUGAUUUCGAUCCGGAGCAUCCGUAUAAGGAUCCAGUGGCGAUGCUGGAGAUGAGGGAACACAUCGUGAGAGAGAAGUGGAUCGAAAUAGAAAAGGCGAAGAUACUGAGGGAAAAGCUCAGAUGGUGCUACCGUAUUGAAGGGGUCAACCACCUUCAGAAAUGCCGCCACCUUGUUCAACAAUACCUCGAUUCCACUCGCGGCAUCGGCUGGGGCAAGGAUGGACGCCACCCAUCCCUUCAUGGUCCUAAAGUGGAGUCAGUGGAAUCGGAGUGAAUCUCUGGGAGGAAUAACGGUGAACAAAAUGGCUUGCAGGAAAAUGUUCGGAUGGCUUGCCUCCUUGUGAUCUGUUUUAUUAUCAGGGCCUCAUCAGCUGCAGUUUUUUUUAUCAUUAUUACUUUCUUUCUUGUUUCAAAAAAGGAAUAUGCAUGGAUCACACACAGUACCAUGGGCAAUUGAUUUACGUUAGGUUUCAUGUUAUUGCCUGCAAUUGCCAAUUACUUGGACAUCGGAAAAACACCCAAAUAAUCAAACAUCUGCCACUGCAUGCUUCUGUUCAACUUUGUAUUUGUUUUCUGUUAAACAAUGGUUUCAUCUGGUUGCCAGCUUUAGAUA